UUCGUAAGAUUUCCCAUCAUUCCCAAUCACCGGAAACGGAAACGAGUGUAAAGAUAACGGAUGGUCUGAUGUUAGAGAAAAUAGAAUCUCCUAAUGCCGGAAAAGAUCACCAUUUUUGAAAUACACACCACUAUACAGUGUUCUGAAGAUUAGUACCAUUAUCGACGGAUCUGAAAAAAAAAGGUGGUGCUGACAUAUUCUUUCUGGGUUUGACUGCAAUGGAGGGCUCAGACAAUGCAGAGCAGGGCAGUAGUGAACAGGCCGAUUCACAACGCAGGCAACAACAGGACCGUCUUAAUAGAGAGGAAGCCUUCUACCAGUUUGUGAACAAUCUGAGUGAGGAGGACUACAGGCUGAUGAGAGACAACAAUCUUUUCGGCACACCAGGUGAAAUUACUGAGGAGGAGUUGUUGAACCGCCUUCAUCAAGCUAGGGAUGGCCCCGAACAGCCACACAGUAGCAGCAGCAACAAUAGUCCUGAAGUCAGCAGGGGGGAGCCCAGAGUUUCAGAGGCAGAGGGUACAGAAGAAGCAUCUAAUGGUGACACCCUUCUUGACUGGCUCAACACUGUGCGUCAAACGGGCAACACCACAAGAAGUGGGCACCGGGGCAACCAGUCAUGGCGGGCGGUGAGCCGAACCAAUCCAAGUAGUGGAGACUUCCGCUUCAGCUUGGAAAUAAAUAUAAAUCGCAACAUAGCUGAGCAGCAAACACAGACUGAAGCUGAUCGGCCAGAAGCAGAGCAAAGCAAUGCUAAUGCCCCUGUACCUGAACCUGAGACACCCAUGGAGGCAGCAGAGGUGGUUGAAGAGCCAGUGGUGGAGGAGAUGGCUGUUGUAGUUGAACCAGAGCUUCCUGCACCUAGUAGCCCAGCUGCAACCCGGCCAACAAGCCCACAAAAUCAGGUUCCACUUUCUCCAAGUCCCCCUCCAGUAGAGAGGCCAAGUAGAGGCCAGAUUAGAGCUCGUAGUCCAAGCCCGGAACAGCGCAGAACUAGGGCGCGAACAGCUAGGAGUCAUUUAGCUCUCAGUCUAGACCAGUUAGAUGGGCUUCCACAAGCACGCCAUGGACUACCCUCUCGAAGUCCUGAUCCAGUCCCAGAGGUUCAGGUAGGCAGCAGCUACAGGACCCGACUACAUGCUUUUUCUCGGCAGAAUAUACAGUUAGAAAGCGAAGAAACCGUUGCGACUACAGAGCCCCAACCAGCACCUCAGCCUCCCCAGGAAACUGAAGCAUCUUCAGGAGAAGCAGGUGCUUCAGCUCGGCGUCCUCCAACAAUAAUGCUGGACUUGCAGGUUCGUAGGGUGCGACCGGGCGAGUAUCGUGAGAGAGACAGCAUUGCCAACCGCACCCGCUCUCGAUCACAGACCUCCAAUAACACUUUCUUGUAUGAAACUGAGCGUGGUGGCUUCCGCAGGACCUUUUCACGUUCAGAGCGAGCAGGUGUGAGGACGUAUGUCAGCACUAUUCGCAUUCCCAUCAGGAGGAUCUCUGAUGCCGGACUUGGUGAGGCCACCUCCAUGGCCCUACAAUCCAUGAUCCGGCAGAUCAUGACUGGCUUUGGUGAACUCAGCUACUUCAUGGACUCUGACUCGGACUCCACAGACUCAAGCCGUGGCUCCAAUCCCGCGGCAGAUCUGGCCGAUGCUCUGGGAAAUCCAGAUGCUGGAAGUCCUUCAACUGAGCCAUCACCUGGGGUAGGAGGCUCAAAUCCGAGUGGCUCAGAAGCACAGACUGAAGAAAGGGAGGACAGUGGUGCAUCUCUCAGAGAGAGCAGGGCGAGGCAACGACCUCCUAUCAGUCUAGAGGAUUCUGGCUCUUUGCCCUUUCUGCGACUUGCACAUUUCUUCUUGCUCAAUGAUGAUGAUGAUGAUCAGCCCAGGGGCCUCACCAAAGAGCAAAUCGAUAACCUCGCCAUGCGCAAUUUCGGUGAGAGUGAUGCACUCAAGACAUGUAGUGUCUGCAUUACAGAGUAUGCUGAAGGCAACAAGCUUCGUAAACUUCCCUGCUCACAUGAGUACCAUGUGCAUUGUAUUGACCGUUGGCUUUCAGAGAAUUCAACUUGCCCCAUCUGUCGCAGGGCAGUUCUUGUGUCUGCUAACAGAGAGAGCAUUGUCUAGACUUUUAUCACACUUCAUGCUAUUCUUUCGCCUUAUUAUAACAUUUGGUACCUUGUAAUGAAUCACGUCUUACAGACACUCAAACUAUGUUAGAGUAUCAGAAUGACAAGAUGUGUAGAGUACAUUUACAGAGACACUUCACUUCUGCUUAAAUCCAGACUUUUACCUACUGAAGGUUCCAAUGAAAUAGAAAAUGUUAUUUAUCCAAAAUAUGUUUGAUUACACUGCAACCUUGUGAUUAAUAAUUAAGAACUAAUAAUUUGUGCUCAUAUACUAGACUGGGUGCAGUUUAAUUAGAUGGAAAGCAGGCAUUCUGAUAGUCGAAAAAUAUAUUUAUGUACGAUGUAUUGCUUUUGGAUUCUCUAAAGAAUUGUUUUACUCCCAUUAUAAUUGCGAUUUGGACACCAUUUUUAAGUUCUCAGCAAAAGUUAAUAUGUAAAAUUUUUCCUUCAGUAUACAUAACUGUAAAAAGGUUUAAUGCUAUUAAAUGAUCUAUAAGUGAGUUUUCAGUUUGGCCAACAAGAACCUUUUACUUCAGCUAAGAACUGUUUCCUUAAACAUUAAUUAAGCCGGUCUAAUAUUUUGCCAUUGGAAGGUCUUGAAAAUUUAUUUUAGCUUUAAUUUAGUGUGUCUGGAAUAUCUUUUUUUUUUUUUUUGUUUUUUUUUGUUUUUUUGUUUUUCUUUUUGGGUUUGUUUAAGAAGGAGUGUUCAUGAGUAUUGUUGUGUGACAAAUUGUUCAAAUGUGACUUUCAAGCCCUAUAUUGCCGUCAUACUGUAUUUACUCUCAAGGCUUUUCAAUGGAUGCCCAAGAUCAAAUCAUCACACUUUAUAUUUCAGACUAAAAAACUUGCCAACUUAUCACAGAUGCUAGUGCAAUAUUUACAAAACGAAGAAUCUGAUCUGUAUAAAUGUCAAGAUUCAAGUUCAAAUCGAAGAGAUAUCUCCUGGAAACAUUUCUCUACGUCUUCUGUGUAUUGCAAUAGCACUACUCUGUUGUGCCGAACUGAAACACUGAAGAUUAUUUCUUUAUCUUAUACAAUAAUAGGUUUUUAAUGUAUUUGGUAAAUAAAGUUUCUGGUUGAAGAGUACGAGUGAAGAAUAAGUAAAGACAGACGAAAACAA